AUGCUACCUUAUCACUCAACUCCACCCAAAGAAGGCCGAGUCCCGGCGUCAUAUCCAAGGCCCAAAGCCAAAACACGACAAAACCGCAUGCUUCUGCGGAUCACUCGCUUCAUUUUUGUUAUAGUAGCUGGCUGGUUGAUAAUAUCAUUUCUGCUACUUAAGUCGCCUGCUUCAGACGCAGAGAGUGUGCGAUCGACUUCCACCCUCGUCACUGACAGGCUUUGGCAAAUCUGGCCCACUGAUACCAAGACCUCGGAAUUACCGGUACAUGAUGCCACGUCGCAAGGCGAGCUAGAUGGAAAACCCGUUGUGGAAAAUCCAACAGGGUCGCAGGAAAAUGUAAACUCCGCAAGCAAAGACCCGGAGUCACCACAAUCAUCCUCAAAUAAUGCCGGAAGUGCAAUUAAGGACACGAAUCCAAAGAGUCCAGAGCCUGAUUCCUUUAACGCCGCUCUUGACUACCUUCUAUCAACAAUACCCAGCGAGCUAUACCUUCGAAAGUUCCUGUGGCCAGUAAUCGGAACAGGCGAGGAGAAGCUGCAUGAGCUUGGCCUGCGCACACGUGCAUAUAAAAAGUUCUUCGAGGCCUGGGAGAAUGUCCACAUCGUCAAUCAAGAUGACCGUACCUACGUGCGAGAUGAUAUCGUCCCCCGUAUCCGCGACAGGUUCAGCGCGCCAACCUUCCCUGAUGCGCUGCACAAAUACGAAUACUACCGGCACUUUCUCACCAAAUUCUCCGCGCUAUUGUUUCCAUGGACGAGCCCAUACUUUGCAGACCAUAUGAGUUUGCACGUCUCAUCGCGCCAUGGAGGCCGCGGCAUCGUGACAACAGCGGGUAAUAACCAUGCGCCUUUUCUACUGGCUGCCAUCCCUUCCUUUCGCCUCCUGGGUUGCGAUCUUCCCGUCGAAGUAAUGUAUCUCGGCGAAAGCGAUUUGAGUAAAGACUUCCGCACGAAGCUUGAUGCGCUACCUGGCGUCACAACUCGUGACCUCUCUGCAAUGCUUAACGACGAAGGUUGGCGGGUGAACGGAUGGGCUGGUAAGCCCUUCUCUAUACUCUUCUCGUCUUUCCGUGAAGUCAUUUUCAUUGAUGCGGACUCGCUGUUUUUCGUUAACCCCGAGUUGCUAUUUAAUGACCCGGAUUAUGUGCGCACGGGCGCCCUUUUCUUCAAAGAUAGAAAUAUCCUUCCAGAAAGUAAGAAGGAAUGGCUACAGAAGAUUUUGCCAAAGCCAAUUUCGAGAUCCGUGCAAGAGAGCAGAAUGUGGACUGGGGAGAGCGGACAUGUACAAGAAUCGGGAGUUGUUGUUGUGGACAAGUGGAUGCACUUUGUCGCAUUGUUACUCGUAUGUAGAAUGAAUGGGCCAGAUAGGGAUGGUAACGGGGCUGGCAUUGUAGGGACUUAUGAUAUGGUCUAUGGUGAUAAAGAAACUUUUUGGCUUGGAUGGGAGCUUGCUGGUGACACUUCCUACGCCUUCCACCCGGGUGGAUCUGGAGUCAUGGGCGUAGUACAAACCCCUAAUAACUUCACCUCCACUAGUCAACAGCCUGAAUCGACUACUGGCACGGGAAAUGGGGUUAUCUCAACGAAAGAAGGACGUAAAAUGGCGCAUGGUCAUGAGUCCGACAUCACAAUCUGUGCCCCCCAGCUUCUCCAUUUGGAUCGUGAGAAGCGCCCUCUGUGGUUUAAUGGCUGGCUGUAUGAGAACAAGUAUGCGGAGAGCCAACGGACCAUUGGGAGUUUUGAGAUGUUUAUGGAGGAGCCGAGUGAAUCAUUGCAUCCAGCGGCGUGGCAACUAGAGGAGAGCAAUCUCUGUUGCUUGUCAAAUUCUGUGGCAAAGGAGUUUACAGAGCAGGAGACUGAAUGGCUGGAAGUGUUGAUCGGGAUGGCAAGGGCGGUUGAGAGCUAG